AUGGCGGACCUCAGUACUGGCUUUACAGCCCAGAUUCUGAAUAUUCAUACGCUCUGUUCGGCUUUUUUUCUAGUUUUUUCUCUGGGCUUGACUUACCUCUUUGGGACCAUCGUUUACAACGUCUUCUUCCACCCCCUACGCAAAUACCCCGGACCGAAGCUCUGGGCAGCCUCGCGAAUUCCCUUCACUCGCAGCAACCUUUCCGGGCAGAUACACCGCAAGAUAUUGGAGCUGCAUCAAGAAUACGGGCCCAUUGUCCGAGUCGCCCCCAACGAGCUCGCGUACAACCACCCCGACGCCUGGAAAGAUCUCCACGGACACCUCAAGAACGGCACCGGCGACCACGGCCGAGAUCCGGUCGCCACCCAGGACAGCAGGCACGGCAUCAUCGGCGCCAACCGCGAGGACCACUCGCGUUUCCGACGAGCCCUGUCCCACGGCUUCUCGGCGCAGUCCAUGCUCGACCAGCAGCCCAUUGUGAAAAAGUACGUGGAUCUGCUUUUCCAACGACUCCACGAGAAAUGUGCCAGAGGAGGCUCCGAGGCUCUGAACAUGGUCUCGUGGUACAACUGGACGACCUUUGACGUGAUUGGCGACUUGGCGUUUGGGGAACCGUUCCACUGCUUAGACGAUUCUGGCUAUCAUCCGUGGGUCAAGCUCAUUUUCGACGGAAUCAAGGGCAACUCUUUCAAGAACAGCAUGCGACGGUUCCCCCCCAUCGAGAAGAUUCUCAUGUACUUCAUCCCCGCCGAUCUCAGAAACAAGCGGGAGCAGCAUUUGGCCCUCACACAAGAAAAGGUUUCCAAACGACUCGCCAUGGAGACUGAGCGGCCAGACUUUAUGGACUCCAUGUUGCGCACAAAGGGCACCCAGAAACUCACCUUUGAAGAACUCAAAUCCAACUCCUCCGUUCUCAUUAUCGCGGGCUCGGAGACUACCGCGACGGCUCUGUCAGCAAUCACGUACUACCUCUGCACAAAUCGCCAAGCUCUGCAAAAGCUCACUGACGAGGUCCGAACCGCGUUCACCUCCGAAGAUGACAUUGAGAUGGUCACCGUGCAGCAGCUCCCGUACAUGCAGGCAGUGGUCAACGAGGGCCUUCGCAUGUACCCACCCGUCCCGACGGGAAUCGUGCGUAGGGUCACCGACGAUGGCGGCGUGUUCCUGGGUCAAUAUGUGCCGAGUGGAACUCUCGUGCAGGUCUGGCAUUGGCCGGUCUUCCACAGUCCGGAGAACUUCACCCUUCCCGACUCUUUCAUACCUGAGCGCUGGCUCGAUGACGCUCGCUUUUCUGGCGAUAAGAAGGACGCGUUUCAACCUUUCUCGGUCGGUCCGAGAAACUGCAUUGGCAGGAACCUAGCUUACGCGGAGAUGCGCCUUAUCCUCGCCAGAAUGGUCUGGAAUUUUGACAUGAAGCUAUCGGAGGAAUGCAGGGGCUGGGACGAGAAGAGCCAAGUCCAUCUGCUCUGGGAAAAGGGGCCUGUGAAUGUCUUCCUUACGCCCAGGGCGGAAGCUUGA